UCUUCGUUUCCAAGCCGUGUCCUCCUAUAAGCUGUAAAUGUUGUUUUACAUACAAAUGCAAGUGUGACGAUCCGGAGAACGGUCCGCACCGUGUUCGUAGAAACGGCACUUUAUCCUCUCUUGCCAAGAAAUUAAAAACUUUGUCUAAAUCCCACAAGAUAGUACCCAAACUUGUGUAGGAUCUAGUUAAACCUAAGUGCGACGCAGUACAGGUGGAAGAGCGGACAGAAAGGCUCAAUCCAUACGGGGAAAAAAAAGAAAACCUUCCAGUAAAGGGUGAUGUGUGCCACCUACGUGCAUUUGCCGGGAUAGCUUGCGCCGGCGCCAACCAGCAGCAAUGACGUCGUCUAUCUCUAUAAGCGAACAUCAGCCUCCGACGGUUUCACUGUUUCUUCAGCAACAGCAAACUCGACGCCAUAUUGAACGUCCCAUUCGAGUUUGGCCGUUCGCGAUGGAGUGUCUGGCGGAAACCGAGGCUGAGACUGAUACAGCGGAAACAACGGAAGAGCAGCCCGGAAAUUCAGAAAACGUAACCGCAGCCGCCGCUACGUCUCGGCAACCAGUAGCAAACGUCAAAAAAGACUGUUACAUAAAACAAGCGAGUACAAAGGGUGGCCAGAGUACCAAGCAGUCACUGGACGGAACGAAGAAAAUUUUGGAGGCGGAAGCCGUGGGAUGUGCUCCAUUCUUCGGUGUGAAACACUACCUGAACAACUUCUACGGCAUCACAGAUGGCGAUACUGACGCCAAAAUUGUGCGCAUAAUCGAACCGGAGGAUGAAGACGACUACUUUGCAAUCCUGUCUGCAGGGGCCGGGAAUAGUAAAAGUGAAGUUGAAUGUUGGCACGUUCACCGCCGCUGCUUUGCGUGGUCAUUCAGCGUUGGAUCGUUGAUUGUUCUGCUUGGUGUGACAUGUCUCUUGCUGGGUUUCCUUCUUCCUCGUCACUCAGCCCUCGUUAGUCAAAUGGAAGACAAUGAUGUGAAGAUGUGGAUGUCAGCCCAUUCGAGCAAUAGCGAACCGUCUAUUUCAUCCUUUAACAUCCUCGACCGCCAGGCUAUGGAGCACAACAACGUGCUGGAUACACUAAAAAUGGGCGGAGGGAUAGCUACAUGCUUCGGAUGCUUUUUGCUCCUCCUGACUCUCAUCUUCCCACCGGGCAGCCACCCAUCAAAAUGGGCAGACGAAGGAGAGACGUCACAAAUCACUCAGAUCAAUCAAGCUCUUAAGAAUUGUUUACUUUCAGUUCAUUCCAAGAAUCAUCCGACUUUCUUCUAUUCGGGUUUGGUCGCCUCGACCACCAAUGAAAAAAUACCCGUUUUUCAGCAGCUUCAAUCCGUUCAACCCAAAGACUAAGUAUGUUAUAUUAUUUU